ACAUCCCUGAUUAUUAGAUCUUUGUACAAGCAUGCUGCGUGCUGAUUGGCUCACUGACGCUGAUGAGAUUUACUCCUCAGGUAUCAAAUGACGAGACAUUUUUCAGUAUGGAAGCAGUUCAGUUGUUGCCAUAAAAGUAUCGAUGUUCGUACACUCGUCUCUUCCUCUCCGUUUCACACUAAAACAGCAUUUUUCCCGCCCAAAAACUGAGAAGUUCUCCAGAAUGUUCAAAUUUUAAAACGCCUGCUGUGUUUCAGUGUGUGUAAAGUUAAAAAAUUAGGUUUAGAUUUUGGAUACAAUUCUGUCCGACGUCAUUAUAAUAAUCAUAAAAUAAAUAUUUGGUCUGUUUGGCUCGUUAACAGAUACAUAGCUGAGAUGCUACGUCUCCAUUAAAACCACAUUAAACACGUCGUUUCCACUUUAAAACAUUGUUUUAAAACUGAGUUAAUGCAGGUAACGUAGACGCAGUCAGCCAGUAAACAUUUAGGUUUCCAGCAUGUGAUCAGUUUAAUUAAAAUAAAUGAAUUAAAUGAGGCCUGUUUGGGGGUUUCUGCUGGUUCUGAUUCAUUCUGGUCUCAGAGAUGAAAUCGUUAGUUUGACUGAAGCUUCAUGUUUUUAUUGGACUCUUAACGUACAGAUAUCAACACGUUUCAAUACUAAUCAAUACAUGUUUUAACAAACACAUCAGACUUUUAAUUCUUUACAGAUGUGAUGAUAUAACUGUCUGCGUCUCACAUUUAUAAAAGUCAUUCAGAGUAUUUUUAUAUAAUUAAAUUUCACUCUGGAAUAUUUCCAUUUGAGCGAGUGGAAGACACAGCGUCUGUGUUUGAUCAUAGAAGUUCAAUAAAGAUCUGGAACAAGAUGAUUGAGAGAAAACACACAGCAGCAUGUGACCCUGACAGAGUGGAAGAACCUUUAACCUACUUCAGGGGAAUAUCAGGGGAAACCCAGAUUUAAGAGCCUGGAAGUUGAGAUGUGAUCCUUUCUCUUCUAUUGUCAUCUUUUUUUAAUCACAAAACUCCCCUAAAACAUUUAGAUUUUGGGCGUUUUCUCUUCAAACUGCGAGAUGUCUGUCUGGUCGGGACUUUUUAGAUCUUCAUCCUGUCAUCCUGGCGCUGACGUAGGUAAAGAUCAACAUAAAAAUACAUUAUUUUGAUUUAUUCUUCUGUGUGUUUCACUUGCUUACAUCUAAUGUAGAGCUGCGAGUAACUAUUAUCUUCUAUUAAUCACUUAAAAUCUGAAAACAAUGACAAACGUCGGUCACAGUUUCCUAAAAUCCAAAGUGACGUCUUCACCUGGUUUGUUUAACCAGCAGCUUUAAAACACAAAGACUCAAAGAUGAGCGUCUGGAACAUCUGACAUUAAAAACAAUUAAUCAAUUAUCAAAGUAUUUGCAGAUUAUUGUUCCGUUGAUCGACUGAUCGUUGCAGCUUUAAUUUAAUUCAUUUUCAAAGUAUCUGUUUUUUUUCUUUUACCAGUUAAACUCAGUAAAGUAACGGACCUGCUGACGCUGCACUUUCAAACCAACUGAUAAUUAAUUAAUAAUUAGGCUUCGAUCGUGAUGCUUCAGGCUGUUUGAUUCAGCAGCAUCACGUUUCUGAAGUUACUGUAUGAACAUCUUUCCUGAACCUCUACAAACACAAAGCUCGACCGUCAUCUUCAGCUGUUUUGUGUGACUGUUAAAUAAAAUAUAAUCCGAGCAGUUUGAGGAAAUGAAGAUUUAAAAAAAAAAAAAAAAAGAAGUUAACUUGAUCAAGAAAAACAAGAAGACUGAAGGGCACUUUCAGUUUCCAGUCUCUUCAUACGGGAAACCACAGUCUGCUGGUUUUGGAGUUUGGUGAGAGCUGAUUGGCUGGUGUCAAAAGAAACUUUGUCUUCUUCUGACGCUCAACUUCCUCUCAGGAAGAAGAAGUCACCAACGAGAGAGAGAGAGAGAGAGAGAGAGCAUGAGCCGUCGCCACGAAGACGAGCCCGACUCGACUCCUCUGAGCAGAAUGCCCGCGUUGGAGCGCAGCUGUCGACUAACCAGCUGUUUGGUCCGUUUCUGAGCCUCCAUCUGCUCGCCGCCGCCGCCCGGAGGAGGCCUGAGUGCGCCGGACCAUGAGUGGAAGUAAAACCCCCCCUGAGGGCAGUGAGGGCCCGGUCCAGGGAUCCCGUCAGGCUCUGUACCACUGGCACCGUUACAAGAAGCCCUGGAGGAGGGAGUCAGGUCCUGAGCAGCCAUUGGACAGAUACAAGUGGAGGACAUCUGCUCGCCUGGCGCCUGAGGGCAAAGGUCACAGCGCGGAGCCCCGUCAACUGAAGAUGCUCAGCUUACCGAGGUUCUCGACCGCCGCGACCCCUGUUGACCAAACCUCGGCGAGGACCGGCUCUCUGCGCAGGAUCCUGCCCUUCCUCAGGUCCAUGUCCGAGCCCGGGACCACCGCCGCCACCAGCGACCCGGAGAAGACGGCGCUCAGGAAGGCGGGAUCAGACGCAGAGCGGCGAGCCCCCUCCGUCAGCAGCUUCAUCACCUCGUUCCAGCGCAGGAUCAGCAGAGUCCUCAGAGACGAACCCGAACCGGCAGGACCAGCGUCUGAUGUGAAGGGUCCUCCGGCUCACCGGUUCUCCUGCGGUCAGAGUCCGUACACCGACAGCGGAGCCUGGGAGAGGAAGUACUGCAUCCUGACGGACAGCCAGCUCAUCCUGCUCCACAGGGAUGACGAGGCUGCAGGGGAGGCCCAGGAGAGCCCCACAGACUCAGCGAAGGGUCGAAGCCUCCGCAGGACCGUCAGCGUCCCCUCAGAGGGGCAGUUCCCAGAGUUCCAGGCAGAGGGCGCCGCCAUGCUGGAAGUGUCUUCGGAGCGAUCUCCGAGGAGGAGGAGUAUUUCCGGCGUCGGGAGCGCAGAGAAGAGCGUCGCCGUCGACAAUCCGAACUCAUCACCUUUCAAAGUGCCGGGGUUUUUCAGCAAACGUCUCAAAGGCUCCAUCAAGAGGACGAAGAGUCAGACCAAACUGGACAGAAACACCAGCUUCAGACUGCCGUCGCUGCGGCCCGCCGACGCCGACAGGUCGCGCGGGCUUCCCAAGCUGAAGGAGUCGACCUCCCAUGAGUCUUUGCUGAGCCCCGGCAGCGCGGUGGAGGCUCUGGACCUGAGCAUGGAGGAGGACGUCUUCAUCAAGCCUCUGCACAGCAGCAUCCUCGGACAGGAGUUCUGCUUCGAGGUGACGUACGCAGGCGGCAGCAAGUGUUUCAGCUGCGCUUCGGCCUCGGAGAGAGACAAGUGGAUGGAGAACCUGAGGAGGACGAUUCAGCCCAACAAGGACAACUGUCGGCGGGCGGAGAACCUGCUGCGACUGUGGAUCAUCGAAGCCAAAGAUCUGCCGCCUAAGAAGAAAUAUUUCUGCGAGCUGUGUCUGGACGACGUCCUGUACGCUCGGACCACCAGCAAGACUCGCCACGACAGCCUGUUCUGGGGCGAGUACUUCGACUUCUCCAGCCUGCCCGCCAUGCACAGCAUCACCGUGCACAUCUACCGCGACGUGGACAAGAAGAAGAAGAAGGACAAGAACAACUACGUGGGUCUGGUCAACAUCCCCGUGGCGGGCGUGACGGGCCGGCAGUUUGUGGAGAAGUGGUACCCGGUCAGCACGCCCACCACCAGCAAGGCCAAGGGAGGCGGCCCGUCGAUCCGCAUCAAGUCCCGCUUCCAGACCAUCUCCAUCCUGCCCAUGGAGCAGUACAAGGAGUUCGCCGAGUUCGUCACCAACAACUACACCAUGCUGUGCUCGGUGCUGGAACCCGUCAUCAGCGUCAAGAACAAGGAGGAGAUGGCCUGCGCCCUCGUCCACAUCCUGCAGAGCACCGGGAGGGCAAAGGACUUCCUGACAGACCUGGUGAUGUCAGAGGUCGACCGCUGUGCCGACCACGACGUCCUGAUCUUCAGGGAGAACACGCUCGCCACCAAAGCCAUCGAAGAGUAUCUGAAGCUGGUGGGACAGAAAUACCUGCACGACGCACUCGGUGAGUUCAUUAAAGCUCUGUACGAGUCGGAUGAGAACUGUGAGGUUGAUCCCAGUCGAUGCUCCAGCGGCGAUCUGGCCGAACACCAGAGUAACCUGAAGAUGUGCUGCGAACUGGCUUUCUGCAAGAUCAUCAACUCCUACUGUGUGUUUCCUCGGGAGCUGAAGGAAGUGUUUGCAUCGUGGAAGCAGCAGUGCGUCGCUCGCGGCCACCAGCAGGACAUCAGCAAGCGUCUGAUCAGCGCCUCUCUGUUCCUGCGCUUCCUCUGCCCCGCCAUCAUGUCGCCGUCGCUCUUCAACCUGAUGCAGGAAUAUCCGGACGACCGGACGUCCCGGACGCUCACCCUCAUCGCCAAAGUCAUCCAGAACCUCGCCAACUUCACCAAGUUUGGAAACAAGGAGGAGUACAUGGCCUUCAUGAACGACUUCCUGGAGCACGAGUGGGCGGGGAUGAUGCGUUUCCUGUCGGAGAUCUCCAACCCGGAGACUCUGUCCAACACGCCGGGCUUCGAGGGUUACAUCGACCUCGGCAGAGAGCUGUCGGUCCUCCACGCUCUGCUGUGGGAGGUCGUCUCCCAGCUCGACAAGGGUGAAAAUUCCUUCCUGCAGGCCACCGUAGCAAAGCUCGGCCCGCUGCCGAGGAUUCUGGGAGACAUCACUCGCUGUCUGGCCACUCCCACGCCCGUCCAGCAGCAGCUGCGGCGUUUCCAGGACCACCACAGCUCCGCCCACAACAUCAGUGGCAGCCUGUCGUCCGGGUUACAGCGAAUCUUUGAGGACCCCGCCGACAGCCACAGCAAAGUCCGCAGCCUGCAGUCUCCGGGGAGCGAGCUGAUGGAGGAUUACGUGCGGGGUCAGCGCCCCCUGCUGGCUCAGCAGCAUCCCUCCACCCACACCAGCUUCUCGGACCAGGAGGAGCGAGACAACCUGCUUCCCAACGGACGCAGCAUCUCUCUGGUCGACCUGCAGGACGCUCAGAACCUGCACGGCCCUGCGGGGCCGCCGCCGCACCACGAGGCCCCUCCCCGCCUCAGCAGGGUCGGCUCCCAGGCCUCCAUCGGACACGCCCCGCCCCCGCACAACUACCCGCACUCCAACCCUCUCACCCCCCAGCCGGCGCCGCACCAGAGCAAAGCCGCGGCCAGAGACGGUCAGCCGCAGAGCGCGCCGCAGGUGAGGCGGCCGCUGCACCCGUCGCUCAGCCAGCAGCGCAGCCUGCAGCCGCUGUCCUUCCAGAACCCCGUCUACCACCUGAGUAACCCCGCCCACAGCCUGUCCACACGCUCCGCCCACUCGCUGCGGCAGGACUCCAGCUCGGAGAACCUGAGCACCGAGAGCUCCCACAACAGCCACAGCAACUCCGACGACUUCGGCAGCCAGGUGGGCGGCAAAGGUCGCGUGGCGUCCAACAGCAGCCUGGACGAGUUCGGCAGCAGACGGAGCACGCAGAGCGAGGAGUGUUCGACGCCGCGCCGCCACGCUCCACCCGACCUCCCGCCCGGCGCCGCGACGGCGGUCGCCAUCCCCCGACAGAGCACGACGGCGGGCACCGCCCACAUCGUCAAGGUGGAGCAGCAGAGCCGGGGAGGGGGCGGAGCCAGGACGCCGCGCUCGGCCCCGCACAGCGCCUCGCUCCGCAGCAGCAGCAGCGCCAACACCGAGCCGACGCCCACCACCAGCCACGCCAACCGCCAACAGUCUGUGGAGAACGUGGCUCCGCCCACGAGGACUGCCGCCAAGCAGCCGCCGCCGCUGCCGCAGGUGGCGUCUCCGGUGGAGGCGGUGGCGGUGGCGAUGUCUCCGGUGGAGAGGACGGCAGCCUGGGUGCUCAACAACGGCCAAUACGACGAGAAGGAGGAGGAGGGAGGAGGAGGAGGAGGAGGAGGAGGAGGAGAGAGGAGCAGAGAGGAAGGACGAAACACUGAGAAGUACGAGCUGGAGAUCUCGCGGCUGAAGGAGCGUCUGCGGGUGUCGGGGAGGCGGCUGGAGGAGUACGAGCGGCGGCUGCUGGCUCAGGAGCAGCAGAUGCAGAAGCUGCUGCUGGAGUAUAAAUCCCGUCUGGAGGACAGCGAGGAGCGACUGAGACGGCAGCAGGAGGAGAAGGACAGCCAGAUGAAGAGCAUCAUCUGCAGGCUGAUGGCGGUGGAGGAGGAGUUAAAGCGGGACCACGCAGAGAUGCAGGCGGUGAUCGAAGCCAAACAGAAGAUCAUUGACGCUCAGGAGAAGCGGAUCGGCUCCCUGGACGCGGCGAACUCCCGGCUGAUGGCGGCGCUGACGCAGGUGAAGGAGCGUUAUAGCACGCCGAACCUCCGCAACGGCCUGUCGCCCACCAACCCCACCAAACUGUCCAUCACUGAGAACGGAGAGUUCAAGAACAGCAGCUGCUGAUUGGUCUACGAGGACCGAGGGGGGCGGGGCUUAAUGUACCUGACCCCCCCCCCCCCUCGCACAUGAGAAUCUAUAAAUACGAGUGUAAAUACUGAAGGAUUGAUCUGUUCAGUGUACAGAGAGAGAUAGAGAGAGAGUGUGUGUGUGUGUGUGUGUGUGUGUGUGUGUGUGUGUGUGUGUGUGUGUGUGUUGCGUCUCAGAAGCACAGUGAGGAAGAAACAAACCAAAAACAGAAACUGAACAAUGAACGCACUCAGUUUUCUAACUGACUUUUUUAUGGUUUUUAUUUGAAUCUUCUGCUUUUUUUUUUGCUCUUGUUGUUGU